CGCGCCGCGCUCUGCCGGGCCCCCCGCGGCCGUCGCGCGCACUCAGCGCUGGCCCAGCUGCAUGGCAUCCUGGAGGAGGAGCUGGAGGGGAUCCGCGGGGCUGGCACCUGGAAGAGCGAGCGGGUCAUCACGUCGCGCCAGGGGCCGCAAGUCCACGUUGACGGCGUCUGCGGAGGAAUCCUUAACUUCUGUGCCAACAACUACCUGGGCCUGAGCAACCACCCUGAGGUGAUCCAGGCAGGUCUGCAGGCUCUGAAGGAGUUUGGAGCUGGCCUUAGCUCUGUCCGCUUCAUCUGUGGGACCCAGAGUAUCCACAAGGAUCUAGAAGCAAAGAUAGCCUGCUUCCACCAGCGGGAGGAUGCCAUUCUUUAUCCCAGCUGUUUUGAUGCCAACACUGGCCUCUUUGAGGCCCUACUGACCCCGGAGGACGCAGUCCUGUCAGAUGAGCUGAACCAUGCCUCCAUCAUCGAUGGCAUCCGUCUUUGCAAGGCCCACAAGUACCGCUAUCGCCACCUGGACAUGGCCGAUCUAGAGGCCAAGCUGCAGGAGGCCCAAAAGCAUCGACUGCGCCUGGUGGCCACUGAUGGGGUCUUUUCCAUGGAUGGUGACAUUGCACCCCUGCAGGAGAUCUGCCGCCUCGCAGCUCGAUAUGGUGCCCUGGUCUUCGUGGACGAAUGCCAUGCCACUGGCUUCCUGGGGGCCACAGGACGGGGCACGGAUGAGCUGCUGGGCGUGAUGGACCAGGUCACCAUCAUCAACUCCACACUGGGGAAGGCGCUGAGUGGAGCGUCAGGGGGCUACACGACGGGGCCUGGGCCCCUGGUGUCCCUGCUACGGCAGCGUGCCCGGCCCUACCUCUUCUCCAAUAGCCUGCCGCCUGCUAUCGUUGGCUGUGCCUCCAAGGCCCUGGACCUGCUUAUGGAGAGCAAUGCCAUUGUCCAGUCUAUGGCAGCCAAAACCCAGCGGUUCCGCAGUAAGAUGAAGGCUGCUGGCUUCACCAUUUCGGGAGCCAAUCACCCCAUCUGCCCUGUGAUGCUGGGUGAUGCCCGGCUGGCCUCUUGCAUGGCGGAUGACAUGCUAAAGAGAGGCAUCUUUGUCAUCGGGUUCAGCUACCCAGUAGUCCCUAAGGGCAAGGCCCGGAUCCGGGUACAGAUCUCAGCAGAGCACAGCGAGGAGGACAUUGACCGCUGUGUGGAGGCCUUCGUGGAGGUGGGGCGGCUGCACGGGGGCAUUACCAUGAGCCCUGGGUAGUGACAUGCUGAGCCAAGGUCCCCCUCCCUCUGUAGCGACAGAGUGGGCCUUGGAUCAUCAGCCCAGGCCAGCGGCUCUGAGCCCUAUCAAAGUCCUAGGGCCAGGCUGGGGCAAGGCACGUGCUUGUGGCAGUGAAUGUAAAACAACUGUGGCAAUUGGCUUUGACAUGUUGGUCGGCUUCAUUCUCUCUGAGCAGGUUGAUCUGCUCUGUGAUCGGUUGAAGAAGCAGGCAGGAGUUGGGGCUCUGCGGGCAGGCUCCUGAAAACUAGUAGACCUCAGAGCUGACCACCUCCCCCAAAUUAAGAUGAGACCCAGGCAUCUGGCUCAGUUGGAUCCUGUCCUGCUAUAGAGGGAGCUGAGCACCAGCUCUGCAGGACCUUUCCCACGCCCCCCGCCCCCCACUCUGCAGCCUCCACAGUCUAAACUUGGCGGAAACCUCGCCCUCAACUCCCCAUCCAAAGGAUGGCCUACGGCUGCCCAGAUAAGAAAAGGCUGGGCACCCAAACCCAUAUUUGGAGGAGAGGGCCUGCCAUCUAGAACCCUGUUUCUGGCCCACUCUGUAGCCUGGGGGAGGCCCCAUUCCCAGCAGGUGCCUCAGUUUCCUCCGCCAGCAUAGAUUUAUGUUAAUGUCUGGGGCCAUUCCAGCUCAGUCAUCUCAAGGCCUACUGGCCUGACGAACAGCCGCCAGGGGGCGCAGCGAGCUCGGGCUCCGGCCACCAUGGCCUCGCCCCUCCAGGCUCCAGGCUCCAGGCCUUGGGCUUGGCUGUUUGGGCUGCCCGCAGGCAAGGCCAGGAGGGCUGACUGGCUGCUUGAAGGCCCCAUCCACCCUUGUCCCCCACAAGGCCUCGCUCUGCCCUACUAGAGAUGGCACCCCCAUCCCACAGUUGUUUCCCCUGGCCAUUCUCCAGUGACCGCCCCACUCAGCCUUCUGGGCACCUGGUGGGGGUGCGGGAUGGCUGAGGACCGUAGCUCCGGUCUCAGCGCGGUGUGGCCUUGGGAAGCUUGCAGUUUCCCGGGGAGAGCAGGACGAUGAAACGCCCUUAUUAACAACAGGGACUAGGACAAAGUCUGACCCGCACCCCCAGCCCUCCCCUUUCCCUGGGGAUCUUGGGCUGAGCUCUGGCCCAGUCCUGCAGGAUCUUAGCACUAGGAUUCUGGAAUCUGGGAGAGCUUGAGGCUGGGGUCCAGGAGCCCAGGGUGCUGGGGCCACAUCGGUUGACAGGAACACUUGCACGCUGCCACCGCUGGGGUAGCGCACCUGGUUCCAGGUGCACUGCUGCAGCAGCGAGAGUACCAGUACAGGCCCAGCCAGGAGGUGGGUGUGCAAGGUCUGUGCCAGUGGGCACACCGUACCCGGCAACCACGAUCACAAUCAUGUCGCAGUUGGUGUGCCCUGCCCAGCGGAGCCAGAGCACCGGGCCCACGUCCGCUAGUCUGUAGCACAGAAUGUAUGCUACCGCUGGCCAGUUCUCCCCAGUGGUCAACACAGGCAGCAGUAGCAUCGUGACAUCCUGGGCCUAGCCACUGUGGGACACCGCAUGGUUGACCAGCGGGCGGCUGCCCUGGUCCACUGCCAUCCAGAAGGGGUCAUAGGAGGCACCAUCAGGAGCAGCAGCAGCUCUGGUUGCACGGGCUUGGGCUUGGGCACAUACUGGUAGUUGCCGCUGGGCACCUGCAACAGGCUCGAGGGCUGGCCAUGAGUCAGCUGCACUUCUGCGUUCUGCAGGGCUGAGGGCCUGGGGGACCACUCCCAGGGCACACAAUCCGCAUCCUCUGUGUUGGGCACGGAGUUCAAGCCGUGGCCGCCAGGGACAACAGUUGGAGCAAAAGGAAGAGGGGGUGCUAGGAGUGUCCUGGUGCUGGGGCAUGAAGACAUGCCCUCCCUGCUUGCCCCACUGCCAGGCCUUGUGUAGUCACCCAGCCUUGUGGCUGCUGGGAGUUCCCCUAGUGCUUCCAGAACCCCGCCAAGGGUAAGGAGGGGCCUUGCGGGCUGGGGGCCUCCAAGGGGAGGUAGGACAGUAUGUCAGGGGUCUCGGGGCUUUCAGGGUGCAGGCAUGCCACAUUCAUGAGUCUAGGCUUCCAGGAAUCUAUCAGUGCAUUACUUUCAUAAAGAGGGUGGUUGCCGCCCAGCCAGCACGGCUCAGGGGUUGCCCAUCAAUCCAUGAACCAGGACGUCAUGGUUCAUUCAGUUCCCCAUCAGG